UGUGCAUUAUAGCUGACACCAAGAUGAACACUUUACAGUUGGUUAUAUGACUGUAAGUCAUUCCCUUCGAAUGCUAUUGAAGUUAGAAACGUGUAUAACAAUGUAACUUUAGAGACGCUCCCUUAAUUUCCGCAUUUCUGCGAAUAUCGAACGUCCUACUUCAAACCAACUUUACGCCAGUUACAUUCAGCUCUUUUUUUCUCCACAAAAUGACGUAAGUGACUCAAAGUAACGGUUCUCACCAACUUCCCCAUUUUAGUUUCUGUUACAAAGUUGCAUUAGUUUGUAAUAUUCAAAACACAGCGUCUUAUUAUCAGCUACAUCAAACACUGCUUGCUAGACCAAUCCAGUAAAGCAGUAAUCCAGUUUAGCGUUUUUACUUCCAGAGUUGAAUCGCCGUGUAGUCCAUCGUCUCGGGAUAAGAAUAAGUGUGUGCUGUGAAGUAGUAAGCUACAUGUGACUUAUCUGUUUCCCUCUGACUCUGUGGGCUGAGGCGGAGAACAUUACUGGUCAUUUCCUGGAGCACAGCCUACUCUAAAAGGCCAUUUUCCUUUUUAUUAUUAUUAUUAUUAUUUUUUACCUCUCCAUGGAAACGGAUGUGCUGGAGCAGAAUUUAGCCUACACGACGUGUAACACACCCGUCCUCUCUCACUCCGCUCGCUCUUUAUCGCACAUUCUCCACAAAAUAGCACAAUAACUGAUCCAAACUUGAAGGUGGCUAAUAAGCAAGGCGCGAAAGUUGCCAGGUGCGUGAUGUUAACGCCGAAUUGGUUUCCUUUGAAGGUUUCUCAGGGUUUGUUUUUCAGGUUAAUUACAUGCAUGCUAAAUAUAUCAAAAUCCCCGUUGAAAUACCAUUAGUGACUCAUAUCAAACACUAUAAUUAACUCUUUAUCAUCAAGAUAUACUAGAAUGUAAAAUACACAGAAAUGCCUAACACACUGUAAAACUCUCAGUAAGCAGUGGGCUCUCCACACCGACAGACAUACACCUCUUCAUUGCUUUGUCAGCAUUCCUUUAACUGUAUGCACCAGCAGCAGCAAUACUACUACUGCUACUACUACUGUUACUACUACUACGACUAGUGCUACUGCUGCUACUACUACUACUACUACGACUAGUGCUACUGCUACUACUACAACUACUACUACUACUAGUGCUACUGCUACUACUACUACUACUAUGACUAGUGCUACUGCUACUACUACUGCUACUACUACUACUACUAGUGCUGCUGCUGCUGCUACUACUACUACUACUACUACUACUACUACUACUACUAAUAAUAAUAGUAAUAAUAAUAAUAAUAAUAAUAAUAGAUUAAGUGGGUGCACGGUGGCUUAGUGGUUAGCACAUUCACCUCACACUGCCAUGAGACUAGGGUUCGCCAGGGCUUGAUUCCCACUGCUGCCCUGUGUGUGCAGAGUUUGCAUUUUCUCCCUGUACUGCGAGGAUUUCCUCCAGGUACUCUGGUUUCCUCCCCCAGUGCAAGUUAUACAUGGUAGGCUGAUUGGCAUCUCCUAAGUGUCCGUAGUGUGCGAGUGUGUAUGUGAUUGUGCCCUGUGAUGGAUUGGCACCCUGUCCAGUGUGUACCCCGCCUUGUGCCCGAUGCUCCCUGGUAUAGGCUCCAGGUUCCCCAUGACCCUUAAGCAUAAGCGGCAUAGAAGAUGGAUGGAUGGAUGGAUGGAUAAUAAAUUAAGCUGAAUGAGUCUUUUACUGAAGGUGCACUGCUGUUUGACCAUUAGGGCAAGAAGGGGAUGUGAUAGUCCAGGAUGGAUAAUAGUUUGCUUAGUGUCCUCCUUUCUACAACCAUCUCAAAACUAUCUGGGCCAUCCCAGGACAGAGCCAGCCUUCUUUAAUAGUUUGCUGAGAUUCCUUGCUUCUCUGGCCCUAAUACUAGCCUACAGCAUAUUGACACAAAGAAGACAGCACUUAAAGAUAGACUAUAAGGUAUAUAACUAAACGAUAGAUACAAAGGAUAAUGGCACUACUUUCCUUAGAAAGGAAAGGGACCGUUUAGUACCAUUUUCUCUGAUAGUGGAUGUCUGCAGACAUAUACAGUAGCACAGAGCACAGGUCUACAGCAAUUUAGUACUGGAGACAGACCAAUAUCAAACAAUAUUUUUAAUAGGCCUAGGUGUGAAUGCAAAUCAUAUGGUAGUGGCGAAUGGGUGAUGGUAAAAAGCCUUACACAUUUACAAAGAAAGAAACCAUGAGGGACUUAUUCGCAAACCUCGGCUCAGCUACAGCACUGUUUCACCACCAGAGGACACUCAUACUAUGUCUAAAGCUCUAUCGCUUUCAAAAGUACUCCUUUCUUUCAUUUCUACUUUUACAUGUAAGCUACUUCCCCACAUGAGGUUCGUGUUGUGCACGUUUUCUUUUUAUCGAUAUGAAUGAAAUAAAAGGGGUGUCACUAUUAGGCAUCAUGGUUUACUCACGCCGAAAAACCGAUUCGUCUGAUCUAGAAGUUUCUCUAGAGUAAGCCCAUGUCACUUCCGGAUAAAAUCAAGAAAGGAGACGUUUACUGUCAUGCAGAGAGUGACAGAUUCUUGAAACUGUAUUCAUCUAUAGCCUACAACUUUCACACCGCAUUCCUGGCUGUACACUAUGCACUUUAGUCUAGUGUUAUUGUACUGUGUGUUUGUCUUUGAUGCUGUGGUUAUACACCUGUUGGGUGGAGCAGGGGAAGAGCCUAAGCUGAUGCAAACAGAUGUGCUGCCCUACAGCAGUGUCUGAGCAUUUACCUCCACACGGUUUAGUUAUUGCGAUGCACUUUUUAAUAACCGAAACGUAUUCGACAAGUGGGGUCAUGGGGUCUAAAUGCAACAUUAUGACGGAAGCGUAUUUACAUUCUUUAAAAAGAAGGAUUUAAUCAAACCGGAUUGUUUGUUUUGAGUAGUUUGAAUACUGCAGUUCUGUGUAAACUUCCACACGCGACACACUGCACUGCGUCGUUCUUUUCAGGUCGUCGUCUCUUAACUUUUUUCCUAAUGGAUCGCUUAAAGGUAGUUUUGCAAUAUUUCCAGUCGAAUUCCGAGUCCAUUUCUAAUGGUAUAUGCGUGCUGCUGGCUCUGGUAGCGGUGAAACUCUACACGAGCUUUGAUUUCAACUGCCCUUGUCUGCCGCAGUACAAUAAAAUGUACGCACUCGGUGUGAUGUUUGUUCCUCCGGUUAUUCUCUUCUUACUCGGAAUUUUGGUUAAUCGGCAUACUGGAGUGAUGAUGGAGGAAUUGGCCAGACCUACAGGCAGGAGGGCCAAAAAUCCAGCUGUUGUGAAGUAUUUGUUUUCAGCUAUGAUGCAGCGGGCCAUGUUAGCUCCCAUGGUGUGGAUCCUGGUAUCUUUACUGGAUGGGAAGUGUUUCAUUUGUGCCUUCAGCAUGAGCGUGGACCCUAAACACUUUAGCGGGUUUCCUAAUGACACUGGUCUGGAUCUGAUCAGGAUCAUGGCUAAAGUGCCCUGCAAGGAAGACAGCAUCUUCAAAGACAGUACUUUCCGGAAAGCUGUCUCACGCUAUGUGCGCUGUUACUCUCAAGCAAUAGGUUGGUCCAUCCUUCUCUGCCUUAUUUUUCUGGGUGCAGUGGCUCGAGUCAGUAAACCAUGCUUCAAUCAUGCCGCCUUUCUUCAGACACGCUACUGGAGCAAUUACUUGGACGUUGAGGCAAAGCUUUUUGAUGAGACUUGUGUACAUCAUGCCAGAGAGUUUGCCAAAAAAUGUGUAGUGCAUUUCUUUGAGAGUAUUGAUGAUGAUGGGGUUCUCAGGAUGCCACUAUCCCCCAACCUCAGAUUUAAGAAAAGCCAUGAUGAGAAUGAAGAAGAAGAUGAGCGUCUCCAUGGUGUGACCAGGAAGGAUCAGGUGGAUCACUUGCUCCAAACCUGGUUCCAAUGCAAACCUGAGCUGGAUGUCACCAAGAUGGUGUAUAGGCCCACUAAAUGUAUUACUUGGGAAGACCCUAAUGGACAUAUACUUUACUCAGAUGUAUGAAGUGACAGUAAAAUAAUAUAAAUAGUGCAUAUAUUUGAAGGAUCAAAUGUAAGAUAGAAAGCUUAUAAAAUUGAAAGAAUGUAAAUGUAAGGCAACCUGUAUUAGAUUUUAAAUGAAUUUAGCUCUUAAUUGUAUGGACUCCUGUUGAAAGGGAAUUUUCACAGUCAUCCCAGACAACUAAGUUCCUGUAAAACAUUUAUCUUAAAAGUGAAAUAUUUUUAUAUUUGUUUAUAUUUUUAAAACUUAAAAAUGUUCCACAAAACUUCGAGUAAAGCUUUGAUAUUAUGCUACCUCUUUAUUACAACAGUUGUAAAAAAAAAAACAAAAGAAGAAGAAAAGAAAAAAUGUAUGUUAAAGAUAUUGCAUAAAGAUAUAGAAAAAAAGAAUUUUCUACAUCUGACAAUUGCCUGACAAUUGUAUGUACUAGAAAGUUUGCACCAGACUUUCAGACAGUCAAGUUACUGUAGAAACCUUGCAUGUGGAGAUUUGCCUGUGCCAGGACUGGAUUUGUUUCAUUUUGCAUGGCUCUCCCCCACACACAUUACUCAGCAGUGACAUGCAUAUGAAUAUGAUGCAAAUGUAGAGAUUCAUAUGUCAGUAAACACAAUAAAGAGAUUUUAACGUCUA